AUGCUGUGCGCUCCAAAGGCCAUUCCAGACCUUGAACUGUCACAUAUACUCCACUUUCAUCAUAAACCAGCAUACAAAUUCGCCGUUUUCGGCUUAAUUCUCGUCGAACGACUCAUUUAUAACAUACACCCAUCCCACACCGCGGUUGUUCAUCCCUCUCCCCCUUCUACACGUAUCAAGCGAGGAAUGUCGAAAGACCCGUGGCGCACCGGUGAGUUACACCUCCAUCAGCCGACCAUUGUGCUGCCGUCUCAUGCGAUUUCUUCCCCAAGAAUGAUCAUUCCAAAUUACAUCCCACCGUUCAUAUGGAGAUUCUGGUCUUCAAACAUCGGCCGAAAUGUAAACGGGUCUUUCCCGCCGCGUCUCCAUGUAUAUGAUGUGUACUCCGAUACACUGUUCGAAGCCCGUCAAGAGGACGACAUCUUGUAUCGUUCCGUCUUUCAUGAUCUCAAACAUUCCAACAAACUUUUCCCUCGCGACCGAGCUGAGCAAACUCUGAAUGACAUCAUUCACCUUAUCUACCACCCGUCUCAAACGACGACCACCAACUCCAAGAUAACCGUUAACCGUGAAAACUUCCUUGCUCUCACCAAAUUCUUAUCUUUCGUCCGCUUUCGCAAUAGUUCCAAGUACAGUGAAGUCGUCGACAGUCUAGGGCAGAAUCAAGAACCAUUCCGACGUAACGUCAAUUCGGAACAGGAACUUCCCCAUCGUCGAACACGCAGUGGGCAGAUCAUACACACCUAUAAUGACUUCAUUCAACAAAUGCGAUACGAGUUUCUUUUGAAGACGUUUAUCAAAUUCCUUCAAGCUGAUUCUUUCCGCAUAUCGAAAGGAAUGUCGAGUCUGAUGAACAUAUAUUCUAAUGCGCUUCACGAUAUGUCUAUGUCUCCCCCGAUUCGCGCAGACCCAUGGUUGGAGGCUUUCGAUAUUCAUUGUUGGAAGUUUUGCAGGGAGGCAGAGGUUUCUUUUGGUGUGUCCUCCGCGGAAGAUGGGCAAGAAUUUAUUUUACCGGAAACUUGCUUCGUGGCGCUGGACGAGGCUAUUGGAUGUGACGUCGGAGACAGACAACAGGAUGACUCAUCAGAGCCGGCUGAUGUCUUUUUCCCCAUCUCGCCAACGCUUGCGUUGUACAUGCUGUGUGGAGGAGAAGAUUCACCUCAACGCUUCAAUUAUGCUAUUGACGUGGGUGAAGAGCUUUACUCUGAUGUCCACCUUCGAAACGCGACUGUCCUUUCGACUAUUCCUUACAACCGAAGUCAUAUGCGGAGACAGUUCAGGUCUUUUGAUUACUCUGCCCCACCAGAAGAGUUGAAGUCGUUGGUGGUCACACCUGUGGACUCGCAGUUUCCAUCCGCACCUCCAUCUCCAGAUUUGAAGGAUCAAAAUACUGUCAGAGGACCAAGAAUCUAUUUCUCUUCCCUGUCGUCAAUCGCGCGGUCGAUUUCUUCUUAUGACUUAUCGAGAGCCCGUUGGAUGGCCGAUAGAUAUGUGGAUUAUAGUCAUCUGAAGAACAAGUGCAGGCAGAUGUUUUUGAUGGAAGGGGUCACGAAGAUGCUUGCAGUCAAAGGGGACCUGAUGGUUGUUGACCUGACGGACGAGGUGAAGAUUAUUGGGAAAGACCCGGUUGCGUGCGGUGCGUUCAGUGAUGUAUGGACCGGCAAGUGGUACGAUAAAGUGGAAAUGCGGGAACAUCGCGUGGCUAUCAAGUAUCUCCGACAGGUCAUGGUACAGAAUGUCAGGGAAAAGCUACUCAAGCGUUUGCAAGAAGAAAUCCACAUCUGGCACCAACUUAGUCACCGGAACCUCGCAACAUUAUAUGGACUUGUACAGACCUCUACAAGUAUUGGAAUGGUCUCGUUAUGGUGCGAUAAUGGGACUAUUUGUCAGUAUAUCAAGAAGAAUAGUAGGGUUGACAAGCUCAAGUUGCUAAUCCAAAUCGCGUCUGGAAUAUCUUACCUGCAUCAUUUCGUGCCACCCGUCGUGCAUGGUGACCUGAAAGCGGGAAAUAUUCUAAUCGAUACCGACGGACAUGCGAUCAUUACAGACUUCGGAUUAUCUAAAGCCAUGGAAACGAUGUCUGAUUCUUGUCAGGGGCCGGUAUCUACAUCGUUCUUCGCCGGGUCCACGCGGUGGAUGGCACCAGAGUUGAUACAAGGUCUCAUUGAAGUCGAGGCGAACACAAAGUUGCCACAGGUGACGACCUUCAGCGAUGUAUACGCAUUUGGGUCGGUUUGUCUUGAGGUCAUAACGGGUGAAUUACCAUACCCUCGCCGAACGAAUGACUACCAAGUUACGGUGGAUAUUUUACAAGGCGUGAAACCUUCCCGUGGUGCUUCUGCGAUAAGUUGCGAGCUGUUGGGAGUCAAACAGCAGGUUACGGGGGAGGGGGAGGAUAGUCUGUUUACCUUCUUGGAUCGGUGUUGGGAUGCUGUGCCGUUUUUACGGCCGAAGAUGGAGGAAGUGGUUGGUUUUUUUGUGGGAUUGGAUCCCUAG